GCGCAGCCGGGGAACAUGCCGGGCUCGGAGGGCCGCAGCGGGGCUUCGUGGACGCGGGCGCUGCUGCCGCUGCUGCUGCUGGCGGGGUCCGGGGGCUGCCUGAGCCGCCCGGACCUCUUCCCCUUCGGCCCGGGACAGGGGGACCUGGAGCUGGAGGCCGGGGACGACGUGGUGUCCCCAGCCUUGGAGCUGAUCGGGGCUCUGCGCUUCUACGACCAGACGGACAUCACCUCGGUCUACGUUACCACCAAUGGCCUCAUUGCCAUGAGCGAACCCCCAGCCGACGAAUCCUAUCCUGGAGUCUUCCCGCCCACCUUUGGUGCUGUCGCGCCCUUCCUGGCUGACUUAGACACAACCGACGGGCUCGGGAACGUGUACUAUCGAGAAGAUCUGACCUCCUCCGUCUUCCGGCUGGCCGCAGAGCAUGUCCAGAGGGGCUUUCCGGAGGUCGCUUUCCAGCCCACUAGUGUGGUGGUGGUUACUUGGGAAUCCGUGGCCCCCUACCACGGGCCUGGCAGCAGCCCUGCCCAGGAAAGCAAGAGAAAUACAUUCCAGGCUGUUCUGGCCUCCUCAAAUUCCAGCUCCUACGCCAUUUUCCUUUAUCCUGAAGAUGGUCUACAGUUCUCAACGACAUUCUCAAAGAAGGAUGAAGACCAAGUACCUGCCAUGGUUGGGUUCAGUCAACAUUUAGUGGGAUUCCAAAGGAACACUGAUGGAGCAUAUAACAUAUUUGCCAACGACAGAGAAUCAAUUGGAAAUCUGGCCAAGAGCAGCAACUCUGGGCAUCAGGGCGUGUGGGUGUUUGAGAUUGGGAGCCCGGCCACCACCAAUGGCAUUGUCCCUGCAGACGUGAACCUGGGCUCCGAUGAUGGAGCAGAGUAUGAGGAGGAAGAAGAUUAUGACCUGGUGACCUCUCAUCCUUACAACGAACCCAGCAUCCUGUCCCCAGGUCAUAAGGCUACAGAGAGACCCCAUGGAACACCCACUGAGAGGACCAGAUCUUUCCAGCUGCCAAUGGAAAAGUUCUCCCAGCAGCACCCCCAGGUCAUUGAUGUGGAUGAAGUUGAGGAAACAGGUGUUGUGUUCAGCUACAACACAGAUUCCCGGCAGACAUGUUCCAACAACAGACACCAGUGCUCGGUGCAUGCAGAGUGCAGAGACUACGCGACGGGCUUCUGCUGCAGAUGUGUGGCUGGAUACACGGGCAAUGGCAGGCAAUGCGUUGCAGAAGGUUCUCCACAACGUGUCAAUGGCAAGGUGAAGGGAAGGAUCUUCGUGGGGAACAGCCAGGUCCCUGUUGUCUUCGAGAACACUGACCUCCAUUCCUAUGUGGUAAUGAACCAUGGACGUUCCUACACAGCCAUCAGCACCAUUCCUGAAACUGUGGGGUAUUCUCUGCUUCCCCUGGCUCCCAUUGGAGGCAUCAUUGGAUGGAUGUUUGCGGUGGAGCAGGAUGGGUUCAAGAACGGGUUCAGCAUCACAGGGGGUGAAUUCACCCGCCAGGCUGAGGUGACCUUUGUGGGCCACCCAGGCAAGCUGGUCAUCAAGCAGCAGUUCAGUGGCAUUGAUGAGCACGGACACCUGACCAUCAACACGGAGCUGGAAGGUCGGGUGCCACAGAUCCCUUAUGGUGCCUCUGUGCACAUCGAGCCCUACACAGAGCUGUAUCACUACUCCAGCUCAGUGAUCACUUCCUCGUCCACCCGGGAGUACACGGUGACAGAUCCUGGGCAAGAGGGAGCCACACCGUCGCACACCCACACUUACCAGUGGCGCCAGACCAUCACCUUCCAAGAGUGUGUCCAUGAUGACUCCAGGCCAGCCCUUCCCAGCACCCAGCAGCUGUCUGUGGACAGUGUGUUUGUCCUGUACAACCAGGGGGAGAGGAUCCUGCGUUACGCCCUCAGCAACUCCAUUGGGCCUGUGAGAGAUGGCUCCCCUGAUGCGCUUCAGAAUCCAUGCUACAUUGGCACUCACGGGUGUGACACCAAUGCGGCAUGUCGCCCUGGCCCUGGGACACAGUUCACCUGCGAGUGUUCUAUUGGCUUCCGAGGAGAUGGGCAGACUUGCUACGAUAUUGACGAGUGCUCAGAACAGCCUUCUGUGUGUGGGAGCCACGCAGUUUGCAACAAUCACCCAGGAACCUUCCGCUGUGAGUGCGCUGAGGGCUACCGCUUUUCAGAAGGGGGAGUGUGUGUAGCUGUUGUGGACCAGCGGCCCAUCAACUACUGUGUAACUGGCCUCCAUGACUGUGACAUCCCCCAGCGGGCUCAGUGCAUCUACACAGGAGGCUCCUCCUAUGCCUGUUCCUGUCUGCCUGGCUUCUCUGGGGAUGGCCGAGCCUGCCAAGAUGUGGAUGAAUGCCAGCUCAGCCGAUGUCACCCAGAUGCCUUCUGCUACAAUACACCAGGCUCCUUCACGUGCCAGUGCAAACCCGGUUACCAGGGAGAUGGCUUCCGAUGUGUGCCUGGAGAGGUGGAGAAAACCCGCUGCCAGCAGGAGAGAGAGCACAUCCUUGGAGCGGCAGGGGCAACGGACGCACAGCGGCCCAGCCUGCUGGGGAUGUUUGUCCCUGAGUGUGAUGAGCAUGGGCAGUAUGUGCCCACCCAGUGCCAUGGCAGCACUGGCUACUGCUGGUGUGUGGACCGCGAUGGCCGCGAGCUGGAGGGCACCAGGACCAGGCCCGGGAUGAGGCCCCCGUGUCUAAGUACAGUGGCUCCCCCGAUUCACCAUGGACCUGCAGUGCCUACCGCUGUCAUCCCCCUGCCUCCUGGGACCCAUUUACUCUUUGCCCAAACUGGGAAGAUCGAGCGCCUCCCCCUGGAGGGAAACACUAUGAAGAAGACAGAAGCAAAGGCGCUGCUCCAUGUCCCUGCAAAAGUCAUCAUUGGUCUGGCCUAUGACUGUGUGGACAAGAUGGUUUACUGGACAGACAUCAGUGAGCCUUCCAUUGGGAGAGCCAGCCUGCAUGGAGGAGAACCAACCACCAUCAUUAGACAAGAUCUUGGAAGCCCAGAAGGCAUCGCUCUUGACCAUCUUGGUCGCAACAUCUUCUGGACAGAUUCUCAACAGGAUCGGAUAGAAGUUGCAAAGUUAGAUGGCACACAGCGCCGAGUGCUGUUUGAGACGGGCUUGGUGAAUCCCAGAGGCAUUGUAACAGAUUCUGUGAGAGGGAACCUCUACUGGACAGACUGGAACAGAGACAGCCCCAAGAUUGAAACUUCCUACAUGGAUGGCACCAACCGGAGGAUACUUGCUCAACACAACCUGGGCCUGCCCAAUGGCCUGACCUUCGAUGCAUUCUCAUCUCAGCUCUGCUGGGUAGACGCAGGCACCCAUCGAGCAGAGUGCCUGAACCCAGCUCAGCCUGGCAGACGCAAGGUCCUCGAAGGGCUUCAAUAUCCUUUUGCUGUGACGAGCUACGGGAAGAAUCUGUAUUACACAGACUGGAAGAUGAAUUCAGUGGUUGCUGUUGAUCUUGCUAUUUCCAAAGAGACAGAUACCUUCCAUCCCCACAAGCAGACCCGGCUGUAUGGCAUUACCACCGCCUUGUCCCAGUGUCCCCAAGGGCACAACUACUGCUCUGUGAACAAUGGCGGCUGUACCCACCUCUGCUUGGCCACCCCAGGGAGCAGGACCUGCAGUUGUCCUGACAAUAGUCUUGGAGUUGACUGCAUUGAGCGGAAAUGAAGACAGAGCACCUUGUUCCCUCUUCAAGAAUUUCUCAGCAACACCCUACUUGAAAUGACUUGGUCUGAACUGAAAACUCUCCUGUGUGGAGUGACCACUUGGCUCAGGUCUAGCCCUGCUUGAGCCCAACAGUUUUCCUUUGCACUCUUUCCCAAAGCAAUCACCCUGGACUCUAAUGAGAAAGUCACUACCCCUACAUGAAGGCAGGACCCUACACCCAUCCUGACCCCAGUCUUCAGAUAAGUUCAUAAGUUCUGGUUAUAAAAAGCCAGACAUAGUGGUGCAUGCCUGAAACUCCCAGCACUGGGGAAGUAAAGGCAGGAUAAUCAGGAGUUCAAGGCAAACUCUCAAAAAAUAAAUAAAUAAAAAGAUUCUUUGAAAAAAAAAAAAGAUUCUAGGUAAAAAUUAUAUGUCCAUUCUAGAGCCCUACCAUCUUUCCCUAAUCCCAAUCCUCUCUUCCAUUCCAGUCAUAAGCAGACUCCCCUCAGACAUAAAUAAGCCCCUUCCAUGGCCUUGAGCUCAGCCACUACUCUGAGGCACUCACAGCCAAGAUCAGCUUAGGCUGAGUGAUACUUCUUUCUCUUGGUGAUCUAAUUUCCCUCUGUACUCCAUCUAGUUGCCCCCCACUUCCUCACCACCUUCAUCUUGCCAAAGACUAAUUGCAGUGAGUGUACCCAGCUUUGCGAUCAGAGCUCACUCUUUUCUUAGGGACAUAUGGGAUUUGGUAGGUGGCAGUUAGUAGGUCUUCACAGAUUAAACAUCCUGGCAUGUUAGUAGUAGCUAUUGGUAAUCAAAAUCUAUUUUCCUAGAGCAUCUAGUGUUUGGUGCUGUGCCAGUUUUCAGCCCUACUCCUGGUACUAGUUUGUAAAUCUUAUGGAGAUCCAUCUGAGGCCCAGGCUGGGGCUGGGACCAAGUGAUGGCCCACCACUGUCCCUUGUAUCUGGCCUUAACUCCUGAGAACCGGGUUACUUUCAAGUAUAAGCUUGCUUGUCUUGUCCCCCCUCUGUGUGGCCCUUGCUGGCUGAGUUCUCACUGAAGAAGACACACAAGACAACUGAGUAUAUCUAAUGGUCUACACAGUUAAUUAUUCAUCAGUAUAGUUCAAGGGACCACACUGCCUUUCAUGUUUAUGCGUCUGCCAUCUGCUUCAUAAACAUCUCCUGACCACAUGUGUGGCUACUGCUGUCUUUUUCAGUUACUUCCUAGAUCCUUAAAACAGUAGAAAUGUUGAAUUGAAAGCUGAGUAUUAGGAGUUUGAAGCAGUCUAGCGUAAAGUAAGAAAAUACAAUGGAAACCAACAUAAAGAGACACAUGAAUAGCAGGAACACAAAAUGCAAGAGGAAAGGAUGGAGGAUGGGGUUUAAAAGCUGCAAUAACUAAAAUCCCUAAAUAAACCCAAAGAGAAGAGUGCCAAAGAACAUUUAUCCUUAAAGACAUAGAAGGAUUUGAUAUUCUCCUUGAGGAGGAGAGUCCUGCUCCACACACCUUUCUUCUAGCUUCUACACCCAGCCCCUGCUAACUCUGUCUUACCUGUUUCCAUAGGACCUGAGUACCAGAAUUAGGAGAGUCUUUCCUAAAAUAAUUAGAGUCUAUUUGUGGAGGCUACUCUGUCUCCAAGAAUCACAUGUGAAUUUUCUGUGUAGCCCAACCCCAUAAAAUGGUCUUUCUUUUUGUAUCUAUCAUUCCAUAUCAAGCCCUCUCACGUUCAUCAUGAUGUUGAAUAAUUUUUAUAACUUUUAUGCAUUUUACUAGAUUCAUUCAUUCUAAAGUGUUUUACAUAGUAAGUUCUUAAACUGUGGAAACCAUUGAAGGUGCUUAUUAACUGUCCCCCAGAUUUAUACAAGUAUGAUUCCUUGAGUUUACAGCUGUUUAAAAUUAAAAUGAUGUUAAAAAUAAA